AUGGCUCAAUUCGAUUCUUGUCCCGAUAUCCACCUGGAGAACUUCUUUGAAGUUGUCAUUGUCGGCGGCGGCACGUGCGGGCUUGCCGUGGCGCUGAGACUAUGUGAAAACGCUCCGGGCUCCAUAUACACCGAGGAGGAGCACCAGAGAUUCCACUGGUUGAAGAACCGGGGGUCCCGUGUCAGCACGAUCCACAAGGGCAUGACAAAAACGCUGAAGUACGUGGCACCUACGAAACUCACGGCGGAAAAUAUCCUCGUUUUGGAUGCGCUUCUGGAUCUGUUCAUGGGAGGCUGGGACAACCAGUUCAGAUCGUGCCAGAUCCCUCAUUUACGGCUGCCCAUGUUUUUUCAUCCGGAUCCCGUGAAUAUUGACGGAAUGAUCACGUACGCUCAUAGCACAAAGAGGGAACGUGAUCUUAUGGAAAUCCAGAACGUCGUGGGUAAGGAGUACCUGAAGCACCAGAUCAAGAGAACCAUGAAGAAGAAGCAGAACAAACAACCUGCGGUGAUUGGUGACCAGGCAGGCGGAAGCAACAGAAACCAUGAUCGUCUGGGCAUUGUGGACAUCAACAUGCGGGACUGGCGAGACUACUACCGUCCGCUGACGCCGUUCUUCCGUGAUUUCUGCAACGAUCUUAUUGACCGUUACAGCUUGCACAAUUGUGUCCGGAAGGACGAAGUCGUGAGCAUGAAGUACACGGAUUUGCACAUUUUCGACCGCAACUACGUCGAAAAAGGCUUUGUCAUCAAGACCGAAAGCGGCAAGAUGUAUGGCUGCAAAACGUGUGUUGUAGCGAGUGGACAUCGUGGAAAAGUGAAUUAUCCGAUUUGCGGAUUGGGCGAGAAGAAGCCCAGUUUGGAUGCCUCAUGUCACACGACGGACAUUUUCUAUGAAAGAGUGCCUUUUCCACAUCCCCGUUUGGUGGAGAAGAUCCAGCCUGAGAGGGAGAAGAAGCGUGCUGGACUGAGAGGCUCCCGGGACGAUUCCUCGAAAAAGAUGCCCCGUGAAGAGAGGGCAGGGAUGGAAAAGAUGGAAGAAAAGCCGGAGAGGGAGAAAAUGGAGGAAAAGCCAGAGAUGGAGCAGAAGAUGGACCACUUGAAGGCUGAAGCCAUGGAUGUCAAGAAGGAGAUGGCACAGAACGAUAUGGCCAAAAACGGUAUGGUUCAGACCGAUAUGGUUCAGAAGGAUAUGGCAAAGGCCGAAGCAGCUAAGGUUAAUUCCCCAAUGGAACCCUCCCUGACCCAGGCGGUGGAGAUGACCCAGGAGGAUAUCGCCAACGACUUGGAGCUGAAGCGGAGCAAGAAGAAAAUGGCCCGUGCUAAGGAAAUGAAGGAGAAGAUGGCGAUGGCCGAGGAGAAGAAAAAGCAGAUGGCCGAGGAGAAGCAGGCCAUGGAAAAGGCCCAAAUGGAGGAGUCCAUGGAGAAGGAAUCGAUGGAGAAGCAAUCGAUGGAAAAGAUGGAGAAUGGCAUGAUGGAGAGUGAAAAGCAGGAGAACGACGAAAGCUCGACGGGCCCUAGUCUGCCUAAAAUGGGAGAAAAGGCGGGCUCUGUUUCCUCCAUGUCCUCCAUCUCCUCUGUGGAGAAUGAGCCUUCCAUGAAAGCUUCAAUGGAGAGUGAUAAUUCCAUGGAGAACAAAGCAUCAAUGGAAAGUGUCAAAUCUAUGGAGAAUGAGAAGCCCAUGGCACCUACUUCCAUGGAGAAAGAGAAGCCUAUGACACCUACUUCCAUGAAAAACGACCCCAAAAUGGAUAUCGGACCCACAGAUAUUCCCUCCAUGGACUCCAAAAGCCAACCAGCCGAAUCUACAAAUACUAUGCCCAAGAAACCUCGACUGAAACUUCCCACGACCAAACCACACUUGGUCAUCAUUGGCGGCGGUUUAACGUCAGCACAACUCGCCCACGUUGCCUGUCUCAAGGGAAUCCACGUUACGUUGGUUCUCCGUGGGCCCGUCAAAAUCAAGCAUUUCGAUUUCCACCUCGACUGGGUCACCAAGUACAGAAACGUCAAGAAGCUGGCGUUCUACAUGCUCGACACCGACGAGGAAAGAGCACAGUUGAUUUUGGACGCCAGAGGCGGAGGGUCCAUCAACCCCGAGUACCACAUGAAGAUCAACAAGCACCAGGCGGCUAAACGUCUUCUGCUUAUGAAGUACACCACGAUGGAAAACGGCCAGUUUGACGAAAACAGCCAGAUGUGGAACAUGGAUCUUGUUACCAGGGAAGAAGGCAUGGAGCCCAAGGUGACCAAUGUCGAUGCGGACUAUGUCAUUUGUGCUACGGGUAUUCUGCCUGAUUUGCACGAUUUGGGUUUCCUUGACGAGAUCAUCAACGACUACCCGAUCGACAUUGUGGGAGGCUUCCCUUGUCUUACGGAUAACCUCCAGUGGUGUGAGGAGUUGCCGCUUUACAUGGUGGGCAAGAACGCCAGUUUGAGAAUCGGGCCUACUUCUGCCAAUCUCGAUGGCGCCAGAACCGGUGCUGAGAGAGUGGGCUGGAAAAUCCAGGAGGAUCUUGUGAAGGAGGAAAAGGAAGCUGAUGAUACCAGGUUGCAGCUUGCGGGCAACAACUUGAACUGGUACACGCUUCUCCUGGAGGCGUAG